AUGCAACAACCCUUCUUCAAUUCUGCUCCACCAGUAAAUACAGUGAAUGACAAUGCAAACAAACGAACAUUGAGUACAUUCCUUCAACAACAUACCAUGUCAUCUACUCACCCCGUGAUGGCGACCAACAAUCCCUACCUCCAACAACAAAAAAAAUCUAAAAUUGAUUACAUUCAAUUACCUGAAAAAGUCAAAGAUACCAUCUCGGAAAGUGAAAUUUAUUCCAUUCUUUUAAAUUAUGAACAUCGAUUGGAUGUCUUACUCUCUGAAAAGAAACAACAUAUGCGUCAAUUAUUAUUAAAUAAUGAAACAUCAAGUGAAACAUUACGAAUCUAUGUCACACAUCAACGAAAACAAAUCUCAAAAACAGAAGAAGAAUGGAGAUUUGGAAUUCAAGGUGGUAUUGUUAGAACAAGUAGUAAUAUGGCUACCAUUGAACACUACAAAUUUACAAAUUUCUUAAAAUCAAUGAUUAUUGAAUUAGAUAGAAGUGUAUUUUCAGGAGGUGAAGAUUUUAUUGAAUGGAAUUCAUUACCUUCUCAACCUAUGAAGGAUGGAUUUACAUUUACUCGUCGAGUGAAUCUUUCUAAAUUAUAUGAAUUAUAUCCUCAAAAUGUCUAUCCAUUGAAAUUAUUAUUUCAUUUCAAACAAGAUCCUCCUCUCUAUGAGAUUUCAAAUGUGUAUUUGAAGAGAUUGAUUCAUUCCACUGAAGAAUAUAGUCGAAGAGCAAGUGGUCAGGGUCAGAGUGGUGGUCAUUCUUUGGAUUCAUUGGGUACUGGUUCCGGUGUGGGUACUACCAUGGGUGGUACUGGUUCUAUGGGUUCUAUGGGUACUACCAUGGGUGGUACUGGUUCUAUGGGUUCUAUGGGUAGUACUGGUAUGGACCAUCAUGAUGAAGAAACCUUUACAUUGAAUCAAAUUCUAUCCAUGAUUUGGGAAUAUAUUACCAAGAAUCGUUUGUAUGAUAGUGAAGACAAAUCCUUGAUUCGAUGUGAUGAAUUGUUGACUCUUAUUCAAGCAUCAAGUGUGGGUACGGGUACUACUAUGGGUUCUACUACGACUACUGGUAUUACUGGUUCUACUAUGGGUACUGGUUCUACGACUACUGGUAUUACUGGUUCUACUACUACUACUACAACUACUACAACUACUACAACUACAACAGAUCAAGAAAGUUCCAACUCUUCCAAUCAUGUUGUUCUCUCCUAUACAGAAAUUCUCAAAAAAGUCAAAUCUCUUCUCACCAUUCCCAUCCACUCGACCGUAGCAGAGAUUAUUCAUCCCAUUCCAUUCUCACCAACCAAUGAUGCAAACUUGCAACAACCAUUCACAGCAGCAGGAACACUCUCUCAACAGCAUUCUUCAUUCAAUGGUGCAUCUAAAAAAGACGUUCCUGUUCAAGUGAAUACUCCUCAUCAGGCUAAAACCAAUGCUUCGAUUGAAAAGAUUUUAAAUGAUGAACCCAAUGAAGAAAUUGAAAAUAUUAAUAAGAAUAUUCAAAAUGUCAUUCAAGACAUUAAACAACGAUCUGAAAAGAUGAAAUUUAUGAAGAAAUUUGCAGAAGAUCCAGUGAAUACUCUUCAUGCAUUGAUUGAUUCCCAAACUAGAGAUUUACUUGUAUUGCACAAGAAACAGAGUGUUGAAGAAGCUAGAAAAUCAUCAUUUUACAAACCAAGUGAUUGGAUUCACACAGCAUUAUUUAAAUAUUUGAAAUCCAAUGAAAAGAAGUUUUCAAUGACCAAUAAAUAA